AGUCACCGUUCAGUGUUGACCUGUUCGCAUUGUUGAGUGUGCGGGAUAAGGAUUUUUGAAUUGGAAAACAAAUUGGUAUCCAUUGUCAUAAUUUUUAGCACAACAUACAAACGGGCGUGCAGUAAUCUGAACACAGCAGAAAAGAAUUCAGACGAGAUUAUUGUGCAAUUUUAGAAUAGAACCCAUCGGUCAAGACAGUCAAGAAGUGUCGGCGCCGCUGCUCUUUUUUGUGUACCAUCGAUUUGGAUUGAAUUUUGGUGUGUGCGUGAGUGUUGGUGUGCGUUCGGCGACAGGAAACUGCGAGAAAGGAAGAUUUUUUUUUUUUGGUUUUAAUGCAGGAGUUAUGAGGCUAGUUUAACGAGUGAAAAUUUUAAUUGGAAAUCAAAUAGAAAAACUAGUGCAUUAGUGAAACGGUUAAUCGAGAAAGUACGGUAAUAGAACGAAAGUGGCUACAAAUUGAAGUUGAAGGUUGUGUGCGUGUAAACCAGAGGCUCCUGAGUGAUUCUGAGUCAAGGGCUGUGUCGGAAAAGCAAGCGGGGACCAACUUUGUAACCUGUCGGGUUAAAUUCAAGGGGUCGAUCGGCGAAAUCGAUUUGACUCUGUGUGUGCAAAUCAACAGCGGAAGCCUAACUUUCGACCGGAUAUUAUCCUUCCCGGAAAGUGUCAGCUAGCGUACUGCUACCUUGGAAGGGGUGCGCUGUAGCACAACAACACACGGUUUAAGGGAGUGUCCGUGUCCAACGAGAACAACGCGAAAAGUGUGUGCAAUCUGAUCCGAUCCAAAUGUGCCUAAUAUGGCCGUGGCUUGUCUGAAGACUGCUAAUCAGCUUCCGUAUUCGAGUUCGCCUUCGGGGUCGAUUUUGUCCGGCUCGGUUGGCAUUGCCGGAAGCGGCACCAUGAACGCUUCCGGAGGACACAUGCAGAGCCAGCUGACCCGGUCGCUGGAGCGCAUCCUGGAGGAUGCCAACCUCAGUGGCGAGCUGAAGCUUAGCGGACGGAAGUUGAAGGAUUUCCCAAAGGCAGCCGGAAAGUACAAUCUCAGCGAUACGGUCAUUGCAGACUUAUCGCGCAAUCGGUUUUGUGAACUGCCAGAGGACAUCACAUCGUUGGCAUUCCUGGAACGCUUACUUGUCUUUCACAACACAAUACGCUCGAUACCGGACACGAUCCGAGGACUGCAUUCACUAACAUAUCUAGAUCUAAGGAAUAAUCAACUAUCGGUGAUGCCGCGCGAAAUUUGCUUCCUACCGCUGCAAGUGCUGCUCGUUUCGAACAAUCGGCUCGUGACGCUUCCGGACGAGCUCGGUCGGAUGGAGGAACUGACCGAGCUCGAUGCUGCCUGUAACCAAAUCACACACCUUCCUCCUCGGAUGGGCGAUCUGCGCAAUCUGCGUUCGCUGACGCUUCGGAACAAUCAACUCGUCUAUCUGCCCCGGGAUCUCACCUGUCUGCAACUGGUGUUUCUGGACAUUAGCUGCAACAAAAUCGCCACCCUGCCGGUGGAACUUCGACUGAUGAGCUCGCUGGUCGAUCUGGAACUGUCGAAUAAUCCUCUAACGUCACCACCGGCUAGCCUUUGCGUCCGUGGCUUGGUGCACGUGUUCAAAUACCUGGAAACAGCUGCCGCCAAAGAGGAGAAAUCCAAAAAUGGUCUUGACGGUCAUGCCACCCUCAGGCGAUCGGCUCUCUCGUCUAAAAACUCCGGUGGCAGUCUACUGGACGGGACCCGGAACCGACGGGCCCACGUCGACUCGGGCUACAGUACCAGUGAUGGCGGAUUUGAUGGUAAGCGAUGGUCCCAGGAUGACCCGCAUGACUACGGCACGAGUGGCACAUAUUCACCCAAAUGGUCACCCAUUCCGAUGCACACUGGUUUCGCGGGCAAACCCCCGCCAGCUUCGGCAGCACCUUCGGCCUUGUCGGCAGCUGCUCUUUCUAAUCUGUCCGCUCCUUUGUUGUCCUCUGCAGGUGGAAAUGGUCUUUCAGCUUUGCUCAGCGGAGAAAGUCAUGGUGGCGGCGGCGGUGUUGGUACACUGGAGGAAGAAUUUAAGAAAGGUGUCAUGCUGCUGGAUCAGCAAGAGCGAAAGAAAUUAUCGCAGAAUAAUAGUAAUGACAUUUCUCCAGAAGGCGAUCUAACGCCAGAUAGCAUAAAGGCAGAUGAUAAAAUGCGAUCGCUUGGAAAUAUUCAAACCUACAGGGAAUACAAGGAAGCACUACGUCAGCAGCGCAACCAAGUCGACAUCUAUCGACCCAAAGAUCAUCAAGCGCAAACACCGGACAGCGGUGGGUCCACCACCGACUCACCGGUCAGCAAUUUCUCACCCUACAGCAAAUCUCAAGCCACCACUCCGUCACCCUCUGUGUACAGCAGCAGCAACCAAAGUUCACCGCUUUCCCCACAUCACACUAAUAUCCACAAGCUGAACCAAAUCAACGCCAAUGGCGGUCACAAUAAUGGCUUCAAUGCCACCAGCAACUCUAGUCCUCUUCUGUCGCCCAACCGAAACAUAGUGGUACCCUUCGAAGAGGUGAAUUCCGGCACCAACAGUACGACAUCUACACCGAACAAACGACCGGUUCAAAAGGUAAUUCCAUCUCGGAAUAUUACCUCCGCAUAUCAGUCCAACCAGUCGCCAACGCAUCUGAACGGGAACCAUAACCUGUCGACGGGUUCGUCGUUGGCAAAUGGAAAGAUUCCUAUUCCGAACGGUACUCCCGUCAAAACGGCAUUAUCGAACAGCAGCUGUACGGAUUAUGCGUACGUCAAACCGAACAGUCCCUGCAAAGCAUCCAGUGGUAUACUAUCGCACAAUAAUGUUCCUUCUUCGAUUCCGAAACCGACGGCCAACGGUGGAAGCUCCCCGAAUGGCAAUCAGAAACCACUAACGGCUACCGUAGGUUAUGUGAACAAUGCCAAACCGGGACAGAAAACCAACAAAACUGUCUCCUGGAAUCGGGAUGUACCAACGGACAAACUUAGCUUUACGAUGCGGCGAGAAUUCGACAAGCAGAAGGAAGAAACUGAGCUGAUCGAGCAACUACGACAGAUAAUUGAAACACGUUUAAAAAUGACUCUUCCGGAGGAUAUUGCUCCCGCUCUUACGGAUGGUGUAGUGUUGUGUCACCUGGCGAAUCACGUGCGACCACGCUCGGUUGGCAGUAUCCAUGUUCCUUCGCCGGCUGUGCCAAAACUAACAAUGGCACGGUGUCGCCGCAACGUAGACAACUUUCUGGAUGCUUGUCGGAAAAUAGGCGUUGAUGAGGAGUUGAUAUGCUCCUGUCAGGACAUCGUACCAUCAUCCCUACCAUCGUCGGCACCCCCACCGCCCGCAGCCGACAGGGAACAGCAGCCCGGGGACCAAUCCGUACUAGAAGAUGAUCACCAAAUCCGCCCGCCAAACCCAUCGGCUAUGUAUCGCACUAUGGUGGCGCUCCUGAAUCGUACUGAACUUAUGCCGCAUCCAUUGCCGUCUCAUGGUUUGAACCGUCCAACCUCUCCUCCUCCACCGCCACCCCUAGGCAAUAGUUACAAAUCCACAACCACACUUACUGCAGCCAACACCAAUACAACAACAACAGAAGAUGAAGUUAAUGAUGAAGUAGUAGAAGAAGAUGAAGAAGACUGUGAAGGGAACAGUCAGCCCUACAAGCAUCAUCAUCCCACUACUGGUCAAGAAGAACUGAAUGGUAACUAUCGGGCCCCCAUGCUUUCCCAUGGCUUUCACGGUACCACCACUGCCACUAACAAUGAAUCAUCUAACCGAAAUAACUCGUGUAACACUUCCACUCCUGUGCGUGCUAAAAUCCUGUUUGAGUACCAUUUUGACCAGCAGGAGGAAGAGGAACAAAGACAAGAGGACGUUAGUAGAGCGCAGGCCAGACUUAGGGCUGUUAGUAGUGAGAGGGAGCUUUCCGCUGGGCUAGGAGGUGGAGGAGACGGACGGAAUGUCCCAGCUUCGUUGGAUCUCAGCUCCGUCGAAGGUGUCCGAAGAAAACGCAAAUUUCCCAGUACUCGCUUCAACAGCAAACGGCAACUGCAGCAGCAGCAGUACGAUCAUAUGGCAAAUAAUUUGAACGAAAUUGUCGAAGAGUGCGAGUAUGACAGCGACAUCGGUAAGUUCCGCUGUCGACAGGAGAACGAUUUCGAUGAUUCGGCGGAGAGCAGUUUGAACUCGCUGGAUGAGGAAACGGCAUUCACGCCAACCAAUGCUAACCAGGGUAUCAAUGAUCUGAAUACACCGACCGGCGGACCGGAAGGACCGAAAGCGCUGCUGGAUUUCAACAACAUCAACACAGAGGAAAACUAUCCGGCUGGGGCCGGGGGCAGCAAAAUUGUCAGCAAGAGGAUUGAAUUUUUCGAGAGCAAUACGAACGUACUUACCGACAAGAUCGUCAACUGUUCGCUGAAGCGCACCGUCAGCGUUGAAAACAAUGACAGCAGCGACGAACAGAACCAGUGCCUGGGAAACAGCGGAAGGUCGAAUCAUACGACGAUUUCGACUGUUCUCUGUCUCGGAACGUUCCUGUUUACCGUGGUUUAUUUGUACUUGUAUCCACUGCCGAAUUAUUAGGAGGCACAGGCAGAUUGAUUGUUAAUUUUUUUUAUUUUGAAAAGAGUUUUUUCAUAUUUCCGUUAGUUUUAAUCAAAGAGAGAUUUCCUUAUAAUUUGAAAUAUAAUUAAUCAUAUGAUUUUUGUACUUAUUAUUAUAGCGACAGGUUGUACCUUAGUGUUUACGAGAAGAAAAAAACAAUCCAAAUAGUGAAGGUGAUGAAUUGAUUUACUUUGAAAAUUGAAUUUUGGGUGUGAUUGGAUCAGCGGAUUUUGUCCGACGGAAUACCGUUUAGAAAACCGAUUUUUCAUUCCUUUCAUUACGAGCGGAAAAGAACUGUUAAAAUCGUGUAAGUAGCUGGUUCUGAUGUCGAAUUGGACAACCAGUGGUAAGUUAUUCUAUCCGUUUGCUUAUAACAAGUGUUCAUUCCAUUGUGAUGUUUUGGCGUCGUCACACCUUAAACCGGAAUGAUUUUUCUGCAUGACUGUUGAACUAGUUUAAAAAUCGUCCUUCUUUUUCUUCCUACUGGGUACGUUUGAGAACGUUGUAGCCGAGCACGUUUCAGUUUUUCAGUCCUUCGAAAAUCGAAACUGCGAUAAAAAUAAUUGUUUUUUUAGGUGUUAAACAAACAGCGUUUGCUUCAAUACCAAAUUAUUAGUCGUGAAGUAUAGAGAGAAGACUUUCAAGUCGAAUAAAAAUUUAUUUACUUUUUAAAUUUUGUUCAGUGUUUAUUAUAAUUUAUUUUAUAAAAAAAUCGCAAGUAGAAUUUCCAACGAUUGCUUUAUCUGCAAUAGGUUCCAGUAAUUAAUUAGAAUUAGAAUCUUUACAUAAAGUUUCUAGAGGGUACGACUCCGUAGAUGCGAUGAAACGCAUAUCGGAAAACGACUCAAUAGGGCACCGUACAUGUACGCUUCGCACGAUCGAUGAGGCUCUUUAUAUUUUGGAGCUUACCCUUACGCAAAAAAGCAUCCACAAACCAUACAAAGAAAUCGAUGAACUUUAUUUUUUUUUAUUCGUGCGGUAAACACAUUCGACAUUAAUCAGUUGGAACAAAAAAAUGUUUUACAUCGUAUUCAAUGAAGUCCCCUUUGUUUUUUGGUACAUUUAUUUCAGUGAUUUUCUUAGUUUUUGAUUCUGUUUUGAGAGUAACUAUUCGGAUGGUCUGCAAAAUAUUCCUCCGCGUUGCCGAAGCACCCCUCCCGCAAACUAGUUUCUUAUUAAUAAGCAAUUGUUUGGGGUUUGGAAAUAGAAACAAGUCAAUGGGAGCCGAAUCGAAUGAAUAAGAUGAACGAACUGGAAUGAGAGUUGAAAUUCUGAAAACUUUCCUAAGUUGUUGAUUCCAGCAACGAUUGCGAUGCCCAAAUUGUUUUUUGCUUCACCGUUUCGCAGAUUUUUCGGCUUUCGAACGUUUCAAUAUUGCGCAGCUAUACUCUUUUUUGAUAGUAUGUGCCAACAGUUUACUCGAUUCUGGAUCAGCACGACCAAACACGUUCCCAAAGUGCGCUUGCUUUCGUGUUUUUAGUUCAGAAUCAACAUGGGACACUACUAAUUGCAUUAUAUUUAUAUAACCUUUCUUUGUAUUCCUUCGCCGUUUUGUCUCAUCACAAUCAAAAUCAUUUUACAAAACAUAACAAACAUCGCACUGAAAUUGGACACGUUUGCCUGAAUAUGAAUAGACUGUUAGGCGUUAGAAAUUUGUUUUGCGAAUGCAGCGCAUUCUGGCAGUCACGCCGUAUAGUCUUAAAUUGCUAACAUUUCUAGAUAGCGAAUUUUUAUGAUAUUAUGAAUCUUUAUGCUCUCCGCAUUUUUUCAUUCGAACCCGAAUACCCGAACUUUUCCAAGUGCCGAGUAUACCGGAAUCUUAAUUGAAAGCAGACCUUGAAAUUGUCACGCGUUCUCAAUGGAAGAAACCAUUCCAACAACCUGAUUUUCAAUAUUUUACUGUCUCAUUCGUAAAUGACCGACACCAUAACAAACGAAGAGAGACGAAGCAUCUUCACUUCUCAUUGAAAAAAUGAGAGAGUAUAAUUGCCAACGUCACUCUUUCCUCUAUGACAAUACGAAACCAAACUAACGUCUUCAGGGAGCAUCAGCAGAAUUUCAAAGCUCAUUCUCUCAUCGAUGUAUUGAAAAUCUGUGACGCUUGGUAGUUACUCUUCGUCAAUUAUGACAAAUCUAAGUAAUUACAUUCCAGAACCUCAGGUAAAAGUCAUUGUGAAACCUUUUUCUAUCAUUUUCGAUUCUCAAAACUUCGAUUGAAUACCGACACUACAUACUAUGGGAUUUUUACUGAAAACCGCAAAUGACUGAAAGGGUGAAUGAAAGAAAGAAAACAAUUUUGAAACUACUUUCCCGCUCAUGUCAUUGACUGUACAUGGAUUUCGUUCUCAUAGUUUGCAAGCGAAGCUGAGGGUGACAUUAUUUUUUUUUUUCAUUUUCGUAUAUUUUGAGUCAAUGAAAAUUAUUUUUAUUAGCUCUGCUUGAAAGUGACUUUGACAGAUGCAAAGACAUCAUAUUACAAACUUUAUUCAGUUCUCCCAUUUCCUGAACAAAUCACUGGCAACAUACUUUUUGCGAGCUCAGACGAGUUCGCAUCGAAUCUCGUACAUAUAAGUAGGGGAGAGAAAUGUCAAAUUCGUCCGCGCCAAAAUAGCAGCAUUGCGCACCCAUAAAAUUAACAUGAUAUGUUGAAUGUCGUGCCGUGCGAUGGCGUUGCUGAACUGAAGAUUGAUUUCGCUCCAAACUGCCAGGGUCUGACAGAUGGCAUUUUGGUAGACAUUAGCAAAAAAAACGCAUUAUUUUGACGAUCAAAACAAUUUUUUUUGAGAAAUAAAACUGACCUGGUCAUCUUUAAUUGCCCAGCUUAUUUUGCGAAGUUCAUGUAAUUCCUAUCUGCAAGAGCACUCUUAUGGAGUUUCGGAUCUUAAUUUGCACUACACCAAUUGAGCAAUUUGCCGUCUCUGUUACGCACACCGAAGCAUUGUAUACGGAUAUUGCGGGGUUCUUACACUGACGGAAAAACAUUUAUGAAUUUCAUAAUUAUACACUGCGGAAAAGCGUUUAGAGUUUCAUUAGUUCUAUUACGUGUUAAAGAUUUUCAUAAACACUUUUAUCAUUAUCUCGACUGUUCUCCAGGCAUUGUAUAAUUUUUAGUUUCAAAUAUUCCUUCAAUAAAUAGUCCUAUCUUUCGACAAAAUUCACUGGGUAUCUUUCGCACAUUUACACUAGUAUUACCCAUACUAACACAUUCACGCGUGGAUCGGACUAUGCAGUGGUAUACCAUAUAGUAAAUAAUCUUGUAGAUCCGAGCAUGUAUAUUAUUAAAGUAAAAGAAUCUGAUCAUUAAUGGGUGCGUAAUUGCUCCUAAAAUGUAUGUAGAAAGACAAAAUGCUCCCAAAAUGUACACCCUCAUUGAACAUAACUAAAAAUUGAGUGACACACCACUCAAAUUCAUAAAAAGUGCACGUACUCUAUGCUUGAGUUACCACCCAUCUACUCAUUUUUGAGUUAAGGGACGAAGCUGUCAAAAUUUGAGUAUUUUUUACUGAAUAUGUGAAAAUUUUUUUUUUCAAAAUUUGAGUGAGUUUAACUCAAAAUUUAAGUUCCUUGCACUCAAAAUAAAGAAAUUCGUCUUCGUUAAUUUUUAUAUAUAAGAAUUUCUAGUUAAUGUCAUUCUUCUUUCUAUUAAAUAGAAAGGGAAAAAACUGAUUUAAAACCAUUUCCUUUUGACCGCUUUGGAGUCAAAAUUGAAUGAUUUUGAUAUCCUUAUGUUGGACGUCUCACUUAGCAUAAUUGAAACCACAAAAUUUCUAUUGAAAACAAUUACGAUUGAACCGGAUCUAGAAACGGCAAUGAAAAACGACGUAUUCUUGCAUUCCUAAAUUAGAUUAGAAUAUUCCGAUAAUGAAAACGCACUGAUUUUUUCACUCAAAUGUUUGAAAAUUUAACGCUUACUCUAAUGUAUGAAUAAAUUGCGAGAGAACCCAUGGCCUGAUUCAAUUUUGCUCAAAUUCACACUCAAAUUUUGACAUAUUUUUCCUGUUCAUGAAUUUGAGUAAUCUGCCAGACACAUGCAAGCGGGCAGUGUCUCGGUACAGUGGGGAACCUAGGUUCAAUUGAUUUAUGGGGCUAUCAAGGCAUGAAUAAACGAACGAAGGUGAUGUAAACAUAAACAAAAACCUUUUACAACGAUAAACGAUUCCAUUCCGCCGCGCUACACUCAACUUUUGAUUUGAUAUAUCAGCAGUAUCGGUUCGAUGCAACAAAAAGUAUAGAACCGGUGUUAUGCAAUUCACGGUUGAUUUUCCAAAAGACCGUGAGAGCAAGUGACAGUUUCUCUUUAUUUGCUUACUCUUCUAUUAAUUACCAUGCGGUUUCCACGUUUAUCACUCAACUCUGUAUAAAAUGAUACUUUCGACAUUCAAACAGAAUUGUAAAAUCCAAGAAAACCUUUAUAAUCACGUCACAAUGAUCGAAAGAGAAAGUAAACAAAGAGAAACUGUCCCUUGCUCAUAGGGCCAUUUGAAAAAAACAACAGAGAAUUGUCAAAAACGCACCAGGAAAAAAUGAAAAUUACACACACCGUAAAUCCAAGCAUGCCGCAAUUAUCAUAGAAGAUGAAAGUACAUGAUUCAUUUUUACAUUCGUUGGGCUGUGAAUUCUAAUGAAUUUUUGACGUCCCUGUUGCACAGAUAAAAAUAUUUACAUCUAUUUUCAUGCACAUAUUUGGAGCAGGAAAUUGAAUUUAGAAUUACUUCUCAGUUCUUUACUUUUCAAUAUACUUUAAAAGCAAAACUAAGCGUAAAUUAAAAUAUGUUGUAUUUUUUUUUUUUCAUAAAUACGUUUAUUUCUUAAGGCAGUUUACAUAGGUUUUUCUUCGCCGUAGCAUCACUUUUACAUAAUAUUCUUAUCCUAAUUUAAUUCUAACAUAGUCACAACCUUUUGAAUUUAUUAAAACAUAUUCUCUUAUAGCUUAAAUAUCAUCUUAGGUAACUCGUCAUUAAUUAUGAAAUCUACUCGGAAAUAUUAUUUGAACCAAACGAUUAACUUCUAUAAAUUGGGGGUCAAAGGUGCACGACAUCCUGGAAGGAGCGACAAAUAUCAUAUCUUACUGUUUGUAUCGGCAGUUUGAUUGACUUAGCUCUGGUCGUCACAAGCCCCGACCUCAUGCCUACACGGUGUCAAAUGAUGACUGGUGACUCCUGUUUUUAGCAGAAUGAGGAGGUGCGGAGUAUUAGCAAGCGGUGGGACAGAGUGCAACUGUUGAUAAGGAACUAACAUCUUACUAUAGAUGUCUCGAUUAUCAACCCACUUUGUGACUGUUGCUAAUAUUCUUAACGUGGGAAGUGUGCAACAUGUAAACUUUUAUUAACAAAAUUAUAAAUUUUAUAUUAUUAAUAGUAACUAUCCUAUUGCCCUGAGCUUAGGAUGAUAAACUACAGGGCGCGUACCCUGCUUGGCGGAUGAGGGUGGGAGUCAAUUUACACUUCGUGUUGACCAAGUCGGAUCAUACCGAGAUCGAUCGUUCGCUUAAAACGGUAAAACGAAUUUAUUAUAUCAUCUGUAUUUAUCACAGAGUUGACAUGACUGAUACUGCUUGAAAUUGACAAUGGGCCAUUGGGUUGUUUCAGGCAUUACUGAUGCAAUUGGGAUGCUUAUUCACCCCGGCUCUGUGUUCUGUUCGAGUCGGAUUGUUUCGAUCGGGUGUGAAGUUUUGCGUUCUGUAGCUCGAUCGAGUUCAGGUUUUUACAUUCGUUUGACGGGGUCCGACUCGAUCGGGAUGCAGAAUGGGGGUGAUUAAUAUAUCACAUUCGUCCGGAACAGGUGAAUUAAAUUCAAAAAGUGGACUUAUUAUUAUCAGAGAUGCCAGAAAAAAAUUUCAAAUAUCUUCAGACAGCGUUGCAAAAGUCUGUAUAUCUGAAAACAAAUCUGCUGUUAGCAAAUAUUGCAGAAAUUUCUCUAUGAUGUAUUACUAAACGAACUUAGAAAAAAGGUCGCGACAAUUUCAAAAGUCUGUAAAAUUUGCAGAUUUACAGACAUAUCUGCGGUUCUGGCAUCUCUGAUCAGGAAUAGGAGCGGAUUGACAUCUUAUGAACCGUUGGGGAAGUUUCAAACCUUCCGAUCCGGUUCGAUAUCGGUACUGAUGUUAUACAGGUUGCAUUGACGGCGAAACUGAUCAGGGCAGGUGUGAAGACAUUUUAAGCAAUCGUGCCAUUGUGUACAUACUGUGGCUUCCCUGGACAAUCUGGUGUUGAAUGCGCAUCCUUACCUUGCAUCAUAUGAUCCAACAGACUUACUAACACCUGACUUUAUUUUAUCUUAUUUCAUUUCAUGGUGGGGGCGCAAUGAAACGAGAAUGUUGAAAUAAGGAACUGUCAUCGAAGGCCUAAGAGCAAGGAAAUUUUAGGAAGAAGAACCCUGGGGCGUCUCCAGAGAACGACGAAAAGAUGGUAACUGAGUGAUAACUUGACCUUUGUUAAGCUGAGGUAAGGUGGGGAGAGAGGGGUAAGUGCACUAUUGUUUUUAAUGUCACUUUAUUAUUAUUACCAUUAUUAUUAUUAUUGUUAUUAUUGUAAUUAUUAUUAUUGUUCCGUACGUUUUAUUUUCAGCCACAAAGACAGUAGUUAGUAGUAGUUAGUAAACUUCUAAAUGCUAUAUUUCCCUAUUUAUCUCCACUAUCCCUAACCUAAUGUAUCUGAAACCAGUGGGACUCAGAGCAGCGCCUGCUGGUGGAGGAAGCCGGUGUGCUAUACGGUCUAGUGCAUAUCAACGGUCAGGCUUUAGUAGGCUCACAGCCAGCUUGAAGUGAACCUCACUCAAGCAGAUGGGCGGACACGGUCUGCCAGGUUGUGGGCUGAUAAAUUACAAAUUACAAUUACAAACGAUUAACUUCUAUAAAUUAUAAAAUAAGCUGUUAUUUUCAGACAUUUUGUUGAUAAUUUCAUAAACUGUUUCGAGUUUGUUUGUAUCAUUACAUAAUUUUUAUUCUAAUUUAGCUAUUGGUUGAACUCAUGGACGCAGCUGGGAUCAGAACUAAGUCUUAAAAGGGGCCUUUAUUAAAUUGAAACUCCAAUUUUCUUUAUGAAAUGAUAAAUAAGUUUCAUGUAUGAAAGGUCACGACAAGCAAGAAUGUCUCGAACUGGGAUAUUGGAUAGUCUACCUUGGGUACGCAAAGAAUUUAUUAGUUGAGAUCUGACAUCACGAUACUCCACGCAUGUCCAAACGACAUGAUCAAUAUCCCGAUAACCUUCUCCGCAAGCACAAUGAUUAGUCUCGGAGAGCCCAAUUCGAAGGAGAUGUGCAUCUAACGUGUAGUGAUUGGACAUGAGUCUGGACAUCACACAAAUGAAAUCCCUACUCACAUCCAGUCCCCUGAACCAUGUCUUUGUCGAUAUUUUCGGAAUAAUUGAGUGCAUCCACCGACCCAGAUCAUCACUGUCCCAAGAAGCUUGCCAGCUGGCAAGUGUUCUUUGGCGAGACGAGCUAUAGAAUUCGUUGAAAGCAAUCGGUCGCUCAUAAAUUUCACCCUCAAUAGCACCACGUUUGGCUAAAAUAUCGGCUCUUUCAUUGCCAGGAAUGGAGCAAUGAGCCGGGACCCAGACUAUAGUGAUUAGAUAAUUAUUGUUCAAUAGGUCGUUCAGGCACUGUUUUAUUUUGCCCAGGAAAAACGGUUCAGUCUUGCCAGUCAUGUUUGAGCGAAUGGCUUCAAUUGCACUCAGACUAUCUGUGAAGAGGAAAUAAUGGUUUGGAGAUAAUGUGACGAUUACACUCAAACUAUAAUGAACUGCUGCUAGCUCUGCUAUAUAAACAGAUGCAGGUUCUUGAAGCCUAAAUGAGGCCGAAACAUUAUUGUUGAACAUACCAAACCCUGUCGCUUCUUCAAUUCGCGAUCCGUCCGUGUAAAACAUUUUCUCAGAGUCAAUAUGCCUGAACUUACUUGAAAAUAUUUUUGGGAUUUCCGUCGAGCGUAGAUGAUCCGGGAUUCCACGCACUUCGCGCUGCAUGGAUGUGUCGAAAAAUAAAGUUGAGUCAGGGGCACUUAGGAUGCUGACACGGAUAGGAAUAUAUCUUGAAGGGUUGAUUUCCUGUGACAUAUGGUUAAAAUAUACUGUCAUGAAUUUUGUUUGAGAUCGAAGCUCGACUAGUCGUUCGAAAUUAUUAAUUACCAUGGGAUUCAGCACCUCACAUCUUAUUAGCAGGCGUGAUGAAAGCUCCCAAAAUCGAUCUUUCAAUGGAAGAACUCCCGCCAGAACUUCAAGACUCAUUGUAUGUGUCGAAUGCAUGCAGCCUAAGGCAAUUCGCAAGCAACGGUACUGAAUUCGCUCAAGUUUGAUAAUAUGAGAGUUUGCAGCGGAACGAAAACAAACGCAUCCAUAUUCCAUCACUGAAAGUAUCGUUGUUUGAUACAAUUUUAUUAGAUCUUGCGGAUGAGAACCCCACCAAGAUCCUGUUAUUGUUCGAAGAAAAUUUACUCUUUGUUGGCAUUUCGUUAUCAGAUACCUAAUGUGUCCUCCCCACGUGCAUUUGGAAUCAAACCACACCCCGAGGUAUUUAAAAGUUAAAACCUGUUGAAUCAUUCUUCCCAUCAUAUGGAGCUGAAGCUGCGCGGGAUCAUGCUUUCUUGAAAAGACGACUAACUCUGUUUUCUCCGCAGAGAAUUCGAUACCAAGAUGAACAGCCCAAACGGACAAGUUAUCUAAGGUAUCUUGCAAUGGUUUAUGCAGAUCAAUAGCUUUGGGUCCAGUAACUGAAACCACGCCAUCAUCUGCCAAUUGUCUUAGUGUACAUGGGGUUACAAGACAGCUGUCAAUGUCAUUCACGUAAAAAUUAUAAAGGAGCGGACUGAGGCAUGAGCCUUGCGGUAGACCCAUGUAGCUAAUUCUGAAUGUUGUCAAAUCGCCAUAUGAAAAAUGCAUGCGUUUCUCUGACAAAAGGUUGUGCAAAUAAUUAUUUAUAACCGCUGGGAGUCCAUGUUGGUGGAGCUUGUCUGAAAGAACAUCAAUGGAAACUGAAUCAAAUGCUCCUUUAAUGUCUAAAAAUACAGAUGCCAUUUGUUGCUUUUGAGCGAAGGCAAUUUGGAUGUCAGACGAAAGUAAUGCAAGGCAAUCAUUCGUCCCUUUAUUUCUACGGAAACCAAACUGAGUAUCUGACAACAAACCGUUCGUCUCGACCCAAGUGUCGAGACGUCGUAGGAUAAUUUUUUCGAACAAUUUUCUGAUGCAGGACAACAUGGCAAUGGGUCUAUAUGAGUUGUGAUUGGAAGCUGGUUUCCCCGGCUUUUGAAUGGCGAUAACUUUCACUUGUCUCCAGUCAGGUGGAACAAUAUUUUGCUCAAGAAACUUGUUGAACAAUUCCAACAAACGUCUUUUUGCGAGGUCGGGCAGAUUCUUCACCAAGUUGAAUUUAAUUCUGUCCAACCCAGGAGCGUUAUUUUUACAAGACAAGAGUGCUAUAGAAAAUUCCAUCAUUGAAAAUGGGUUAUUAAUAAAACCAUUAUUUGGAGGAGAUCCCCGAAUAAUGCUCUGCGUAGGAACAGAAUCUGGGCAAACUUUCCUAGCAAAGUCAAAUAUCCAUCGGUUCGAGUAUUCAUCACUCUCAUUGCCCAAGUUACGAUUCCUCAUUCGUCUGGCCGUGUUCCAAAGAGUGCUCAUUGAGGUUUCUCUUGACAAACCUUCGACAAAAUUUCUCCAAUAGCUACAUUUUUUGGCUCGAAGUAUGCUCUUGUACUUGGUUUCUAAAACCAUAAGUUUUUCAAAAUUCUGAGGAGUUCCUCCUCCCCGUUUUAGAAACGUCUUGCAAGCAUUUUGUUUUGCGAGUUUAGCCUCUGAGCACUCUUUGUCCCACCAGGGGUUGGGAGGCCUUCUGUUAGUCGUUGGUCCAGGAAAGCGUUUAGUUUGGGAUUGUUCUGCUGCCUCCAGAAUCGAACAAAUGAGGAAGUCAUAUUCUUCAAGUGGAGGGAGCUCUUCCAUUGAAUUCAAAAUACUAGAGAUACUACUUUGGUAUUUAAUCCAAUCGAUAUUUUUUGUCAAAUCAUAUGGAAUACUAGCUGAAGUAGCAAUGCAAUUGCUAUUGCUAAUUGAGAUGAUGAUUGGUAAAUGAUCGCUACCGUGUAAAUCAGGCAAUAUUUUCCAGGUGCAAUCUAGUCGAAUUGAUGUUGAGCAAAGAGAUAGAUCUAAUGCACUUGGGCGUGCAGGAGGUCUUGGGAUCCGUGUCAUGCUACCCAUAUUUAAUACCGUCAUGCUAAAAUUGUCACAAAUGUUUUGUAUUAAAGAUGAUCUGCUAUCAUUGUAAACGGAACCCCACAUCAUUCCGUGCGAAUUUAAAUCCCCCAGAAUCAAUCGUGGAGCAGGAAGGGCUUCAACCAUUUCAUUAAGCUGUCGCUGUCCAACUUGUGCUUUUGGAGGAAUAUAAACCGAAGCUAUGCAAAUAUCUUUGCCUUUAAUGUUUAUUUGGCAAGCAACAACUUCUAUACUAGAAGUUGAAGGGAUGUUUAAUCUAUAAAAAGAAUAGCAUUUCUUAAUUCCCAAAAGCACUCCACCAUACGGAGAGUCUCUAUCGAGACGUAUAAUGUUAAAAUCAUUAAAAUUUAAAGCUAUGUUUGAAGUAAGCCAUGUUUCGCAUAAAGCAAAUACAUCACAUUUUUGACUAUGCAAUAAAAUUUUAAAUGAAUCAAGUUUUGGCAUGAUGCUUCGACAAUUCCACUGCAGGACAGUGAUUGUAUCAUUUGCGACGGGUGAUAAAUUAUCCAUCAAAAGAUACAAAACCUGAGACAAUUGGCCAUUGAGCUGAUAACUGCUUCAAAAAGGUUCUAGCUAUUGGAAGGAAUGCCAUUAUGAGGGUCUUUAAGGGUUCAGAUAUAUUGAAUGCUGAGAAAAUCCAUUCAACAAUUUCCGAAAACUUCAGUAAUCCUGUUGGUGGCUGUGAAAUAGAGCCCACAGGAUUAUUACCUUUUUCUGUGCUAGAUCCUGGAUUGGUUUGUGAAUUUGACAAACCAGGAGGCACAGUCUUUGGUUUUGACUUUUUUUGUUUAACACGGGGAUCUUUUUUUGAAGAUGAAAUUUUAGGUGUCUUUUUUGGUAAUUUGGAAGAAGACUUCUUUCUCUUAACUGACCCUUGGGUAGUGAUAAACGAAAUACCUUCACUAUUUUCGUCAGAGUCAGAGUCCUCUGAUUCCUCUAAAUUUGAAAACCCGUUUUCGGUUUCCAAAGGAGGGACAUCAAUGACCGUUUUAAGCAUUUCUGCAUAUGUGCGCUUAGACCGUGCUUUUAAAGAAAGCUUAAUUUUGUCUUUGUGUACUUUAAAUGCAGUGCAUACUGAAAUAUCCUCAUGAGGACUUUCUCCACAAUAAAUACAUUUUUCAAUUUCCUUGUUGCAAUCAUUAUCUUUAUGAGGCCCUUCACACUUAAUACAUUUUGGUUUAUUACUACAGUAAGGAGCUGUGUGGCCGAAUUUUUUGCAGUUCGUACAAUUCAUUACAUUUGGAACAAAAAGCCGAACAGGGAGGCGAAUUUUAUCGACAUAGACAUGGGACGGCAACGCAGACCCGGCAAAUGUCACUCGAAACGAGUCUGAUGGGCGAUAAACUUUCUUUCCCUCUUCAUGAACUACUGAGUACAGUUGUUUGCACUCCAGUAUUUUCACACCCUCAAGCAUAGAGUUCUUGAAACGACCAACACCAUGCUUGAGUAAAUCAUCUACCGAAAGACUCGCUUCGGUAACAACACCGUCAAUUUCGACAUCUUUGGAGGGUAUGUAAACUUUAUACUCUUUAAUGAAAUGUUCCGAAGAGACAAUAUCAUUCGCGUGUUUCAAAUUAUUUACCACAACACGAAUUUUAUCGUUAUUUACUUUUAUGAUCUCUUUGAUUGAAGAGUAUCGUGAUGUCAAACCUUUAUUAAUUUGUACAAUGUUUAAUGGCUUUGAUAUACGUCUAAAAAAGACUAUCCAAGGCCCAGAAGAGCUCUCCUGAUAUUUUUUCGUUCGUGGGGGUAUCGGAUUCAUGCUAGGAUUUACGUCCAUGGAUUCAUCCAUCACAUUAAAAUUUUUAAUGAAACUUUAAAUAAAAAAUGAAACCAACACUACACAGUACUCAAUCAAAAGGAAAAGAAAAAACUUCUACCUUGAAAUUGCUGUCUAUCUCCGUUGCACUGCCGUGUAGAUCCUCGUUGCUCUAGAUGUUCUUGUUGGUUGCUGAUUGUUGGAUGUGAUGCUACUGCUACCUGACAUCCAGCACCACUCGAUUUCCGAUUUACUUUUGUUUUCGCCAGCUGUAACCAGCGCAGGUCACCGGUGUAUACCUGCGUGUUGUAUGGCAGUGGAAAGACCGAGAUGUCUUGUCUCCUUCUUCCUUGUGCUCCGCACCGAUAUGCUUCUGCACCGAUAUGCUUCUGCACCGAAGUGCCUUCGCACCGGUGUGCCUUUGCACUCUCCUGCUUCUGUGUGCCUUUGCACUCUUCUUCUUCGAUGUGCCUUUGCACUCUCCUGCUCAGCACUUGUGGCUGUAUAUUGUGGCCUGGGUAGAGCUUGGGAAACGCCCUUUGUUGUUUCCUUCACCAGCUUGGCCCAGCACUAGGGCUUUCUUAUGCAGCACGACUAUACGUUUUAACGGCUGCUGCCAACAGGUCUCUACCUGUAGUUCAACCGUUGUCGUAUUUAACGCGUGUAAACUAACCAGCGUUAUUAAACUGUACGCUUCUAUACACAACCUUCUCGGUUGAACGGCUAUUACUGAAUCAAAAUAUGUUGUAUAACUCAUUGAAAAAUCAAGACAUUCUAAUUUACUUUUACAUCGAUGAUGGUUUUCAAUCAAAUUGUUGAUUCAAUUGAUGUCUCUCUCAAAGUAUCAUUGAAAUACAUAUCGUGUAAAUUUCAUUAUGUCUCUGUUUAUAAGCAUGUAUUUCAAAUUCUGAAGAAAAUUGAAGAAAAUUCAUUCCUUUGGGUAUUAGAUAUAAAAAUGCUCUCCCGAUAAAAGACUAAAAUGCUAUUAAGGUUAUAAUCACUUUCUGUGACAGCGUAAACAAAAAUCACUCGAUUCAUAAUCAUCAACUUUCAUAUUGGUUUGAAGAAGUAAAUCAUUUCAUUCGCCUUCGGUAAAUCAUUUCGAGAGGCUUUUUUUGUAUCAAUACAUCAGUUUGCUUUCUUUUCAAGGUGUGAGUUGAUUAGUGUCGUGUUUAUCAUUUUUUAGGUUCAUUUUUAAGGCGUAACUAGGCUAUACUUUUAUCUUAUAUUUAUUUUACUUUAUGAAACUAGAAUAAUGGAGAACAUUAUAAUCAAAACUUCGAGUUACUAAGCAAUCGAUCUGAAAACGAAGAAACAUUACGCAAACAAUCACAAAAAAACACACACAGACGAACAUACCAAAAACCUAGCAUAGCCCAAACACAAACCGCACUGAAUAUGCAGAUACUAUGUAUGUACUCGGCACACAUUCAAUAACCACCACCACCAGCAGCGCUAGCAAAUGAAUCACACAGAAUGUCUUAAACCAAGUUAAGCAAAACAGUUGCCUUAUUUUCAUGAACUGGUUCGUAACGUAAACUUCACUGUGCUCCCGAGUUCGUCAAACGGCACGGGCAGUAGUAGUUAGUAGGGGUUAGUAGGUUUUUCCACACCACAGAAUCUAUGAAUGUAAUCCACCAUCAUUGUUGAAACAAAAGUGAAACAAAAAAAAACUAAAUGUGCUGUUCUAAUGUGUUUUAUAACGAGAAGAUAGAAAGGGAAAGAGGAAAUUGUUCAAAGAGAUCUAUUUUACUAUCUUUUACCGAAUGUAACUAUCAACCAUACGAAACUCUGACAGCAACGAGCAGUCGUACCAAUGCUAUCUCACAAUGUAUCUCACUAGUUUUUCUAGAAGCUUUUACUGUAGUUCCAGUGACAGAAACUAUUUUACCGGGAUGUCGAACAGGUUGGGAAAAUCGACCAACUGUCUAAAUCUCGUUAACAAUUCGGUCUAGUCAGUCGAAAACUGUUGUACUUACUCUAAUCUAUUAUUUUUAUUUAUUCUACUGUUGCUAUACUUUUAUCCAUUCCCGUUCGACGUCGCGUCAUUCGAUUUCACAAAAAUGCCCGUACAAAUACGGAAUUUGAUUUCCAGUAAGCCGGAACCGGAACCGUCGGAACCUCGUGAAGUUCAAAGAGCAUAAGUUUUGAUCUGUUUUUUUUUACACUUCAUGGAAUUGUUUUAUUUUAUUAUUAAGGACAUAGUUUUAUUUGUGUCUAUUUUAUAUUGUAUUACACGAAAGAACGAAAAUACGAAUGGAUCUCCAACAAAACGAAUUUUCACCCACGGUAGCUUUAAUGCAACUACUUACACUAUAUUAUUGCGUUAGGACAAUGUGCAUGAUUCACAACUAUAACCACACUCAUUCCUUUUCUGUGUAGCAUUACUGCGAACUAGCAUGUGAAAACUAAACUGUUCCAAAUUAUACUCUAAGUAUUAAGUAUCUAUCAUCCUAAAUUAGGUAUUUAUUAAAUAUACAACAAACAAAAACAUACAUAUUUAUUCGCUAACUAUUCCGGCAGUAUCGCGGGCUGUUUAUCUAGGGAUGUACUUAAAUAUUCUACAGGUAGCGUUCAUAGCUGAAUGAUAAAAUCCUCUCGGGCUAAUGUUCGGAUCACUUCAGGAGCUUCGGCAACGGGUGCCUCAAGUUUUUAGCUUCCUUUGUGACAGUGGUUUUCAGUCCAAAGAAAAAAUAUGGUGCUAUCGCAAGUUUGAUCGUAGUAAACAUCAAGAAAAAGACGACAGAACCGCUCGAAUAAUAACAAAAACCCAGAAUGGUGCAAGGAUUUCCCCCAAGUAACAGUGAUUAUUGUUUCGAUCGGGGCUGGAUCUGAAUCUCUGGGUGCUAAAGUAAUUUUCUGGAGGGUAUUCAAAACACUUCUCGUGCGAGGUGGAUGUUUUCAUUCACGAUCCAUCUUUUGAGAUUUUAGAACAAAGCUACUAGACCCCAAAAGUCCCUGCGAUACUUUUGUGUGCUGACGCAAUUUGUCGGGAGUUUUUGCUUAUUCAUUCCAGAUCGUUUCGCAGGGACUUCAAUCUUCAAUCCAAUAAUGCACACCAAAAAUCGACCCAAUUUUACAUCAGUAUAAACAAACACGCUUCUGAAAUGGGCUCGCGUUUUUGGUUUUGGUCCUGCGUUGACAUGCGGAACACCUAGUGGCAGGAUAAUCUAUUCAUCUUCAGAAUUGCCAAUAAUGUGAACGAUUAGUACUGAUCGUUUUACUGUUGUAGCUUUAUUUUAUGUAUUUUUUAACAAUGUCUCUUGCAACCGCGUUCAAGGCCCUACCGCUUCGGGUUUCAUCGGAAGAGGGAACUUUGGAUGUCAUGAAACUUUAUAAGCCAUAUUUCACAAUGUAAUCUGAAGGAGAAUUACCCGCAUCAUAUUCCAAUUUUUCAUUGAUUUCAUUCGUUGCUUAGCCUCUCAAGAAAACAUGUUAGAUGACAUAACGAAAAUAAAAAUUAUUUUAAUGUCAAACUCGUAAAUAAAAAUCGGCAAAGUUGCAUGGGUAAAAAGUAAACAAGUUUAAGUAGACUCAUUUUUGCUGUCAAGCAGCUUACUCUUCGCUUACCUAAUAUUCUUUCUUCCCAACGAACAGCGCUCGUCUCUCUCGUCACAGUCUUCGUAAGAAAUUUCACCCCACACUGAUAAAAAUUGAUCACGAUCAACUUAUGUUUCUAUUGAAUCGUCUACUUGUGCUUUCUAAGUAAUUUCUAAGUGCAAAUUUUUAUAGUUCAAAUAUUUAAAUUUAUUUUACACAUAGAUUUCAAUCAAAUCACAAUUUGUCAAAUCAAUUGUCUUCACUUGGAUUGACAAAUUUACACAGAAUUUAACUUUAUUGGUAUUUUUUAAUCGUUUUGAUGUGAAUGUCAAAUGAGUUCAAUUAAAAAUUCUUUAUUUUUACACUUACUUUAUGAGUAGAAUGGAAUUAUCCUGAAGUUUGUGUGAUCAACAUGUGUUGUUUUGCGCAUUAUUGUGCCAUUUUUUAUCAGUGCACUAUUUUGAUAAUCUAUUUGAAAGUCAUAAUGAAUUCCGAAUGAAUCAAAAUUACGGACAAAGUUCAAAUAAAAUAGAAAUCAAAAAUGGCAACGACUGAGACUUGAAUCGAGAACCAUUAGAUCAGAAAAAAAUGUCCGACAAUGACUGAACCACAGAAGCAAAUAUCACCUUGACAACUAAAUGGUUGCUAGAAGAGUGAAAAUUAUGGGACAAACUACUCAUUAAACUGUGUGAUCUUAUGAUAAGUCUAAGACUAAGACUUUUUCCAACACAGUUUAAAUCAAAGAUUGUGGAAUAAUUUUGAAACUUUCCAACAUUCAUCUGCUUAUAUUUUAAAUUUCCCGAAAAUUGCCAAAUUCGAGAAAAGAAUCCAUUCCAGCAGCUUCGUUUUAAUUUUUUUUACUGGCUCAUUCGUAAAUGGUCGCAUUCAACACAGCAGAAGAGAGUCAAAGCAUUUCCGUCUCUCAUUUCAACAAAAAAGAGUAUCAAUGCCAACGUCACUCGUUUCCAUACGACAAGACGAAACCAAAAUAUCGUCUGUAUGGAAAUGUAAUCGGAUUUCAACUCUUAUCCUUUCUUCAAUACAAUUAUCAUCUGUAAAGUUUGACUAAAAUGUCUUAAAUAUUAUAAAUAAAAAUUAUUACACUUCAGAUACUCUUUGGUAACGAAAACUACUGUCAUCAUCGAUUUUCAAAUUUUCGGUUGAGUAUCGAACCUGCAUGAAAUACGAUUUAGACUGAAAAGCUAAACGAAAGAAUGAACACAAUUUUGAAACUAACUUUCCGCUUUUGUCGUUGACUAGACGGAUCUGAAAGUGACAUUUAUUUCACGUCUAUUUUGAGUCAACGAGAAUGUUUUUUUAUUUACUUUUGUUUUGACACUUGAAGGUUCUGAACAUUACGCCCGAAAGUUGAGUCACUUCAAUGUACGAAUACACAAACGCUAUAGGGCUUUAUCUUUUACGUAGAUUAGGUUUUGCAAGAAAUAAAAAUACAAUAAAUAAUAAAAGGUUAAUAGGUUUGUUGGGCUGCAUUGGCUUCUACUGCGAAAGGAUUCCAACAGAAACAAAAGCGACGAAGCGAAUGUAGCAUUGUAGGAACUGAUAUGAAAUGGAAUCAUUGUUGUCGUAUAUGUAGCACUGAACAAAAAAUAAUUUCAUCCGUCGAGUGUUUUAAGAACUAGCUAGCGAGCAAGCGAUUGAAACAUGCUAAUACUUAUUUAAUCAUUUGUUGUAAACAGACUGACCACCAGGAGAAAGUUAAAUUUUGCUUCGGUCCUGGUGCUUUACACAUUAAGUCUUGGAUAUCAUUUUCAUCGGGUCACAGAUACUAAAGAAUUACGGCAAUUAGUUACAUAAAUACAAUUAGAAGUCGAACAAGGAGUGAAGUUAUGACACAAAGGUGUUUCCAGCAUGGAAUUGAAGAGCUGUCACGGGUUGUAGUUUUAUCACGAUUGUUAAGGCGAAGUGAGGCCAGAACACGACCCCGAUAAUCCGAGCGAAUCGAUUAAAGGGAAACUUUUCCCUGAUUCUUUUUCAAAGAUUGAUGCAUAUGGAAUCACGUAUGAACCAAAUAUAGCUUUGAUACUAUCAACUAAAAAUCAAAUUGAUAAAUCUGGAUUGCUUCGAUGGCACCGAGCCAUCCAGUAUGCUAAGCGCACCCUUGGAUAGAAGAAAUAGACUUGUCAGCAUAUUUCUAAAAGUUCCUCAAAUUAUGCGACUGAACAGUAUUAAAGGAAAAAAAGCUAGAAGAGCAUAAACGAUAAUGUUUUGAUAUCUAAUAUUUGAAUCUUCAAAAGCUAAAUGAAACAUCUUUGUGUCAUAAACGAUUUUUUUAAACAAACUACGUUCAAAUAAAAAAAAGAAUUUUUGAUUGAGGAACGGUACGAGUUAUCAGUGACCUUUGAUAUAGUAAGAUCAUUCCUAACCAUAAGUAUUGUAAUAGAUUAUUAUGCGACUAAAUUCCAGUAACAAACAUCGAGACCAUUAAGUUAAAAUCAUAUGUAUUCAACCAUAAUCUUUUGGAAACUAACCCAAAACACAAUUUGCACAAGUUCUGGCAAACAAAAAGCAACAAAAUUAAAAACACUUGAACCAUCAUUCUGCAUUUUGAAGUGCUUAAUUAUUUAUAAUCCUUACCGAGACAAAGUUAAUAAAUUAGUUGAAAACGA